AUGGCGACGCAAAGGGCAGAAGCUACCGCCAACGUUGACGGCUAUGCGAACCCAGAGACCCUACUAGAUGAGGCGCUUUAUCCAGCUGAUGCGUACAGAGGCACAAUAUACUGGGGCGACCUACCACUUAACGAGCGAACGAAGUUUGUCAAUCAGCAAGCGAACUUUGAGGCCGGCCGCGAGCUUAAGAUUGUUUGGGAGAUGUUUAAGCAAGACCCUCUAAGCCCAAUCUCCGCAUACAUGCAGAACUUCGUGAUUACCGGUGUUGGCUUCUUCACCGAAGGUUACGUACUGUUCUCCGUUGGCAACAUUCUCCCACUAUUCGAAAGUGUCUGGGCAAGUUGCUUCAAGCAGUAUAAAGUUUGCAACAAGGUCUGGGUAGAAGCAGCCAACUACCUCGAAAUCGUCGGCAUCAUUUUCGGGCAGGUCGCUGUUGGCAUCAUCGGCGACUUGAUUGGUCGUCGCUGGGGUCUGAUUCAGGAUGCCGCAAUACUACUCAUCGGCAGCUUAAUGCUCACGGGCAUGUGGGGCAAGAGCUUGUACGGCUGGACAGUGAUGUACGCUAUUUCUCUGCUGGUAUUCGGGUUCGGAGUCGGCGGCGAGUAUCCCAUGACUUCCGUCAGCGCCAUGGAAGGUGUCCACGGGCAAGGAAGCACCAAAGCGGAUCGCCUGCAUCGUGGACGCAGUGUCUUGCUUGCCUUUCUCAUGCAGGGCUGGGGUCAGCUCGCCAACCAACUAGCCCUGAUCGUUGUGAUGCUCAUCUUCCAUCAUGGCGGUAACCCUCCUUAUGGCGAGAUCGUGACGCAGGAGACCUUCCGCAUCACCUUCUUCAUCGCCGCACUAUUCAUCGCUUACUUCCUGUACCUGCGAGUGUUCAAAAUGAAGAAUGUGGAUCAUUCUCUCAAGGCGAGCCGACAAAAAUCUAACGUCACCGGCUACGAUAUCACAUCUCUCAAACUUACAUUCAGGCAUUACUGGCACAGGCUGUUCGCUACAGCGGUCUGCUGGUACUGCAACGACUUUCCCUUCUAUGGCAAUCAGAUUUUCCGCUCGCUACUACUUACCCUUGUAACGUCAAACAGCAACGACGUCUUCAAAUACUGGCUGUAUAACCUCAUCAACGUUGGGUGUGAGCUGGCUGGUUACUACCUGGCAGCGUUCUUGAUCGACCACAAAUUCUAUGGCCGAAAGAGGAUGCAGGCUGUUGGCUUCAUUAUGUCCUUUAUUCUUUUCCUUAUCUGUGCCGCGGCAUAUCCGUUGUUAAACCAGAAGCCCGGCAGUCCUGGCGCGCAAGCGUUCAUCUUCCUCUACUUCUUUAGCAGUUUCUGGAUUCAGUUCGGUCCGAACUCAACCACCUUCCUCUUGGCUGCUGAAGUGUACCCUGCCCAGAUCCGUGCUACCGCUCACGGCAUGAGUGCCGCAGUUGGCAAGCUCGGCGCGCUAACCAGCACUGUGCUCUACAACUACAUUCCGACCCACAUCAAGUUCUGGGUGGUCUGCUGGUUUGGUCUAAUCGGCUUCGCUCUGACCAUGAUAUUCAUACCAGACACAACUGGCAUCGACCUGCGCGAACAGGAACGAUACUGGCAAUUUGUGCGCGAAGGCCGAGAGCAUGACUAUCACGGCGUCGCGGUGCAUCCGCGCCACCUGUCCCUGUACGAGAACGUCGUGUUGAAGCGGAGUAAAGCGUAUGAUCCGAAGCUAGACCGCGACAUGAAGGUUGAGGAGCUAAGGCAGCUUUACCACAAGGCGGAGAGUGGCAAGGCGAAGGAGUAUGAUGGUGAAGGUAGGGAUAGCUCGGAUACGGUGGACGAUAAAGUCAGCUCGUACUUUGAGUGGGAGAAGAGUCGGAAGGGUUAGGACCAGACCUUGUACACUAAUAGCGCACUGCGUUCAGGGCCUGUAGAACCUGAGCAUUCUACGACGACACUGUUCACGUCUUGAGUUUGCUCACUUCUACCAUCAACAUCCGGCGAAAGAAGCCUUGUAGGGAAUGGGUGAAUUUUGUGGUCGAUAAAUAUCUCCAGGCUCACUAGUGCAAUCUGCUGGUUGAUCUAUCGUUUUCCGGCGUUGACUAACCCGGCGCAAAGCCCAGAACUUAACGCAGUUAGUAGCCCGUAUCGUAAUGCUUCCGCGGAAGUUCUGUACUCGUUCCC